UUUCAGAUAAGAAAAUAUAUAAACGGUCCACAACGACGAUGGCUUUUGUGUUCACUCGCAUGGUCCGUUAUGUGAUCCUCGCCAUCGUACUGUACAGUGUGGUACAAUACAUGCUACGAUGGAAAUCAUAUUCUAUUUCACCGAAGGUUUUUCGACAGGCCUGUGUUGCAGUACGCGGAAGUAAUGGAAUUUCGAGCGUAAACAAAUUACGGAACGAUUUACGUCGUUCAUAUCCAUUACAAAUCAUCGACAGUGAUUGGGAAGCCGUUUAUGGUGGUGGUUUUAACCUACAGAUGAACAUUCUUUACGCAUCCAUUACGGAAUUUAUCAUUGUUUUUCGAGCGCCUUACCGAACAUCUGGUUUUGCUGGAUGGCACUGGGUUAACAGCACGUGUACGAUUUUGAGUGGCGAAGUAAUGCGAACUGCUUAUAGCGCUCAUGGUGGCAAUUUGGAGAAGUUUGAGUCUGGUCAGAACUUUCGUCAUGGUGAAUUUGAACGAUAUGCAUAUGAAUUUGCACCCGACUCAUAUAUGGCAUGCUAUGGACGCGGUGCUGCACCUCUGAGUGCUGCAUGGGUGGGGAUGGGUUCUUUGGCGAACGGUGAUCCGAUUUCGUUUGCAAAGCUGCUGUACAUCUAUACCAAUGCUUGCGCUCACCAAAUUAAGCAGUCAUUGGUAAAAACAUUCAAUUAUUAUAAGUCGAAGGCUCUAAAAACCGAGUUGUAAUUUCUUAGUUCCACUGCUUUCACUUCUUUCUACCCAG